AUGGCCUCUGUUUCGCCUACCCGACUCAGCUCCCACUCUCGCAUCGCGCCCGCGCCGCCCACAACGUCUCGCCCGCUGGCUCCCGACCCAAGCCCGGCCCCAGCCGGCACCGUACCGAUUCCCAGCCUCCAUCAGCCGUCUUCCUCCCACAGCGAGGCUCAGUCGGCUUCUGUCUCGCAUGGCCACAUCGCCGACUUCAAUGGACAGACGUCAUUUCUAACUACCGACGGGCGCGUCAAGAAUCCUGUUCCCAGCAAGCUGCAGGGCAUGGCCGACAACAAAAAUGGCAACUUUGCUGUCAUGCAUAUCGAUCUAGGCCGGUCCGAAAAGGCCACGCGCAACGACGCCGCCAAGCGCACCAGCGAGGGAACAGAGGCCGCCGCUCGAAUCGCAAACCAGGCUGGAUAUCAGUCAGUUAAGCGCUCCAAGCUCGCCUGGCAGCCUCACGAUGCCGAUCCAUCUAGUCCCGUCCAGGGUGCCGGUUUGGCUCCAAAGGAAGCCAAGGCCGAACAAGCUCGCCUGCUCACUUUGCUGCGCUCUGUGAAUCCCGGCGCCAUCGCGGAUCAGCUUUGCAAAGCUGUUGCUUUCUUCGGAGGCAUUCCUGGUGCUCCUGUUCCGGACACAAGGGCUCACUUUCCUCAAAGUCAUCAAUCUAACGGAUCGGGCUCGCAAUUUGUCUCUUGGCUGGCUGAGAUAUUUCCUGCUUCGGCCGACCGCUCCUCGUCCUUACCGCCGGCCUCCGGUCCUCCGAAUCUCAUUGCGGCGCAGAACCAGACACCGCCCGUGUCUGGAAAACCACCGCCAUCAACGUACAAGGCCGCCCAAUCAGAUGGCAACUCGAAUGUGCAAACCCGAGAUGCGGUUGCCGACGCCGCCCAAGACCCAAACGCGCCUGCCGCGCCGAUCAAGAGAGGCCGCGGACGGCCAAAGGGUAGCAAGGGCAAACCAAAAAACAAGGACCAGCCGCCAAAUGAUGCCGACCCUAUGGCGCCGCACGGCUCUCAAGGGGCCAACGCUGCCGGCUCCUGGCCCAGUCAGCAGAUGUACCCAUCACAGCAAGGCACGCCUGGCCAAUCAGAUUCUGGUACACCUGGUAAGAAGAGAGGUCGUCCCAAAGGCUCAAAGAACAAGCCCAAAAAUGCUGCUGCUGGCGGUGUAGAAACGGCUCCGAGCCAAGAUGCCAACGAGUCUCAAGACUCUUUCAUGUCUCCUAUGGGUCAAAUACCCAAUUCCAUGUCCUUAGGCCAAGAUGGCGCACGAUCCUCCUCUGGCCCUCUCGGUGUCUCCAAUAUGAUUGAACCAAGUAGCUCGCAGGCGCAAAGUGGAUGGACCACCAUAGGGAUGCAGCCCGCCCCGGAUGGAAGCCCUGCCUCGUCUCGAAAGCGAAAGAACGACAAGAAGCAAUCUGAUGUGGCAGUCACGAACGCAAGCAUGCCUUCCGGAAUUCAGCAGGACGAUGCGCACGCCCCUGAUCCCGAUGGCAAACGGAGGCGCUUUUCGAAGGAUGAGCCCAUCUCAACAGAUGGUGUCCUCUGGGAGCUUUGA